AUGCCAUUAUGUCGUCCAUCAUUUUUUGAUGACGACGAACAAAAUAAAGUUGAUCGACAUUAUUGGUCUCCUGUAUCGAUACUUACUAAACCAUGUGCUUUUUGUAAACGAAAAUCUAUAUCAAAUGUUAUGUUUAGUGGAAAUACUCGACCAUCAACAAUGCCAACAUUUGAUAUAGCAUCGAGAGGUUUCGGUUAUAAUAAAAGUCCAAUACCAGACAGUCCAAAGCUAUCUAGAACAACAAAUGGCCUUCAAUGUUUAUGGUGUUCACGUGGUUAUCAUAGACGUUGUUGGGAACAAAUAUUUAAUCAUGAUGAUAAACAUAAAUGUGACUAUGGAAUAUUUAGAAAUAUAAUUGUUCGACCACAAUGGAUACAUCGUUCACCUAAUUAUCCAUUACUUUUUCGUGCUCAGAAUCCUUCUUAUAAUGAACAUGAUACUGGUUAUACACCCUUACUUCUAUUUAUAAAUAAACGUUCUGGUGGUCAAAGUGGUGAAAAAAUCUAUCGUAAAUUAUUACGUCUAUUAAAUCCUCGUCAAGUAUUUUUACUUGAAAAUGAUCAAACUAUAAUUAAUGCCUUAGAAAUAUAUUCACAACUGCCAAAUAUUCGCAUAUGUGUAUUUGGUGGUGAUGGUACUGUUGGUUGGGUAUUAGGUCGUUUAGCUGAAAUUUAUCCAUCAUUAAAUAAUCCACCUGUUUGUAUAUGUCCAUUAGGUACCGGUAAUGAUUUAUCACGUGUAUUAUCAUGGGGUGAACAAUAUGAUCCGAAACGUUUAUUACCAACUCUAGCACAAAUACCAUAUGCACAACCCAUAGCACUUGAUCGUUGGCAAGUUACAAUUGAACCAAUGGAUUUAACAAAUUCAAGUAUAAAUCUUAAUACUGGACGAUCAUUUUUAUCGUUUUUUACUCAUCCAAAAUUUAUUCGUGAUACAAAACGUGCAUCCUAUCAAAAUCAUCGUACAUUACCAAAUACACGUUUUAUAAAUUAUAUGAGUUUUGGUUUAGAUGCAGCUAUAGCAUUAGAAUUUCAUGAUAGACGUUCACGUGAUCCAGCAAAAUUUUCUUCACCAUUAAAAAAUAAAUUAAUGUAUUUAAAUGAAAGUCGAAAAUAUUUAAAUGAUUUUGCACGUUCAAAAAUGUGGAAUUUAAGUUCAUAUAUACGUUUAAUAUGUGAUGGAGAAAAUUUAACUGAUUCAAUUAAAAAUUGUCAUACAUUACUUGUUUUAAAUAUAUCGGGUUAUGCAUCAGGUACAAAUCCAUGGGGUAAAUCAUCAAAUAAUUCCUCGUCAUCACCACCAAUAACCAUACAAAAAGAUUCUGAUUCAUUUGAACAAAUUUCAACAAGUUCUAUUGAUAUACUUGAUUUACCAGCAAAUACACAUGAAGUUUAUGAAUUAAUAACAUUAAAUGAAUGUUCAACUGAUCAAAUGAAUUCAUCAAUAAUAACAACAGUUAAUAAUUCAACUGGCCGUUUUGAACGACAAGAUUUUGGUGAUAAAAAAAUUGAAGUUGUAGGUUUAAGUACAACACAUAUGGCUACGAUUCAUAUUGGUUUUCGUGGUAUGCGUAUUGCACAAUGUAGUCAAGUACGUAUUGAAAUAUGUUGUCCUAUGACAGCACAAAUGGAUGGUGAACCAUUUUAUUUACCAGAAUCUGUUGCUGUAAAUAUUACACAUGCAGGUCAAGUGGUAGUAUUAAGAAAUGAGACUAGAUGA